AUGAUGGGUAAAACCAGAAACCACUUGGAUAGGACUUUUAAAAACUUAUACGGUGUCACCCACCUUGAAUACAGUAAAGCUUGUGAACAAAUUUUAAACCAACACCCGACAUUACUUGCCAAACUUAGAAAAGCCAUUGCCAUUAGCGCAAUGGGGAAUCUUUUUAAAUCCGCUGAAAACGUUGCCAGCUUUGUUCAGAACUGCUGUGCUAAAUUUAUAGAUAGGGCCAAACACUCCGAGGAGCAUCAAUGUCUCAACGUAUACAACAUAUACUGUUUUGAUUUAAAUACAAACGGUGCCAAGGAAAAGAUGGUUAGUUCUAUUAACAACGGAAAGGACAAGACGCAGCACAAUUGUACCGUCGACCACUAUAAAUGUGACACCCUAAAAAGUAUAAUUGCUGAAAUUGAGCUUAGAGAUAACAUUGGUACAUGUGACUAUGACCCAAAACUAUCCACUGAGUAUUACAACAAGUUUCAAAAAAAUAUUUUUUCAAUCAUUGAAAAAAACUGGGACUACAAAGACCAUACAACUAAAGCCUUGAGGUUAAAAAUAUUACAAAGACGUCUUGAUUUUAUAACACAACAUAUCAGUAUCCCAAAUAGAAUUGUUACCAAGCUACUGGAACUAAAUGGAAUGGAGUCUCAAAAAGAUAUGUUUUCAUUAGCUAACGAACAAUAA